GGAAAGCAAACAUCGCACGCAGCGCAGCAUCGGCAGUGGUGUUAGUUGGUGGUUUAGUUCUCGCGACAGCAGAAACAAGAUCGUUUGCGUUUGUGUGCACGUUGUGUGCUCUUGGCGUGCGAUCGUUGCAGUUUGUGCGAACGGAGUUCUGCAAAAGUGCAGCAGCAAUUUGGGCCGCUCGAGGGCGAACGUCGUGUGUUGUGUGCGCGAUUCCAGUGCGCCAGUGUGUGAUGUUUUAAAUUAGCUACUUUGUGCACGGUUUACUUGCGUGUGCUUGUGUGUGUGUGUGCUUCCAUUACAUUAAGCCUUGAGGUGUAAAAGCAGCGCUUGUUGCAAGCGGAAACAAGUGGUAAAACAUAAACCCCGAUUCGGUGAAGUGAAACGCGCGCAGAAAAGCGAAGAAAACAGUUUGCCGGUGUAACGAUCUAGCGAUAAGACGUGCGCGAUCGCGAGCGAUUCUACCUGUAAAGAUUGAGCUUUUUAUUAUUUUUUUUUUUUGAGAGCGCAAAUUAAUCAUAUUCCGGGAAGUGUUCUACAGACCUCGCGCAACGAACCAGCAAACGCGCAGCGAACACCCGGCGAGGAAAUCACUCGCCCAUGAACUAAUUAGAAAUACGAUAAUCAAUUUGGAGAAGGAGAGCACAAACAAAAAAACAAAGCCACAACUCAUACAAGUCGUUCUGGGUUCCUUUGGGUGUUUGUAUCGUGUUUCGUGUGGCCACGUGUAGCAACUCCGGUGUUCUCCGGCGCUAAAGGUACCAAAGUGAGCACAAAAACAGAACCCUACAAGCAGUAACAUCUUUCGACUGAAACAUCUGUCGAGUGUUUGGCAGCUACCGGCACGGCAUCAUAUACCUUGCACACCAAUAGCACAACAACAACGGGGUUGCAAGAGUGCAACAGUGUGAGUCCAACCAUCAUCGUCAUCAUCCAGCAGUGCGCCUUCGAUAAUCUCUGUAAAACGAACGUUUCAAAGCAUCCAGCUGGGUCCCGCAUUUCGUAACCAACUGGCCAGUUUAGGGGUGAAGCUCAAAACACAGCAAAAAAAAAAGGAACCAAAAAGGAGAAUCACGUGACGAGCGGGACGAGCGCAUCCAGAUCACGCAAGCAGCAUUAGGAGGCCGGUUGCCGGCAGCCGGUAGACGCAUAUUUGCACCCACUUUGUUCUGUCCGUUGCGCUUGCUUUCCUUGGCUGGAACGACAGGGUAGCCCCUUUGGCACGUGUUUCUGUGUGUGUGCGUGUGUCUCUCUCUCCAGUCCAGUCGGUUAAGGGCACACGGCACAGGCCGUCUUCGGUGAGCGACAGCAUCUUUAAAGCAGCAGCGCCGGCUGAUUUAUUCCACCAUCGAACCGGAAACAUCUGCAACCGAUCGACCGGGGCAAACCGGGUGCUGAGAUUGCCGGUCGCUGGUGACGUAAAACGAAACGAAACGGCUUCCGAUUCUGUUUGAAGUUCGUUCCAGACAAGAAAGAUAACUUCCACAAUCACCAGGAUGCAGGUGGAAAGUGCAACGAAAUGGCGCGUCCCACCGCUGGACCUCUCCGCCGUCAGCGUGCUCACGAACGAGGCGGAAAGGCGCUGGAAUCACGGCUCGGGCAACGGUGCGAGCAACAACGGUAGCAACGGUGGCGCAACAAACCUUAAUGGGCGCGGCGAUUCGGGCACGGGCGGACACACGCAAACCAGCGCCAAGAAGAUCCAGUACGGCGCGGAUGGGCUGCCAGUUGAUCCGCGGGACUGGACGCGCGCGAACGUGUGGACGUGGCUGAUCAAUCUGGCCCAAUCGGAGGGGCUCGACAUCAGUCCCGAGCUGGCGCAGAAGUUCCCCAUGAACGGGAAGGCCCUAUGCCUGAUGAGCCUCGAUAUGUACCUGAGCCGCGUGCCGAUCGGUGGCAAGAUGCUGUACCGUGACUUCCGCGUCCGGUUGGCAAGGGCGAUGAGCUUAUGAGCAGCGCAGGUUAAGAUCAAACGUCAAGCAAAGGUAGGGGUGGGGGGUGUGGGCUUGCUGCCACCCGAAGAACUGACUACUAGAAAGGGGGGGAAGGGGGAGGUUUUGUUAGUUAUUGGAGUGAUCAAAAGGGCGUGGGGAGGCACCGUUUAAUUUAUCUCGAUUUAUAAUGUACUAGAGCGCACCCUAGUUACCAUAAGCUAGCUCUCCAAAGUAUUGCACAGAUGAUGUUUUUUUUUUUGCUUUCGCUCCCAAAAACUUCAAUUUAAAGCGGGAGGAACACGGAACCCUGAGCGAUGGCCGGCAGUGGCAGCGGGGGCAGCAACACCAAAACAUUACAACAUAACAGAGACAAAGAGUGGCAGACGUGUACAGCCGUGUACAUGUACAAAGAGGAGCUUAAAUAACUUUUACAAGGUUUAAUAGAAAGAAGAACAAUAGAACUGUAUUUAAGGGAGUUGAUCAUGAGAGCCGGGUCAAAGCUUACUCUAUCUUAACUAUCUAACUGAAACAGGCACUUAGUUUACUCACUUUUUUGUCACAAAUGAUCAUUCUUUUUUUUAGUGUAAUUGUAAUAUAGUCUAGACAUAAGUUACUCUAGUCAGUAAAUGCACAAAUAUUAAAAAUCAAGA